AUGUCAUAUACCUCCAAACUCCCUGCAUCCUGGAACGAUAAACCCCCUCCUCGGAAGGUUGAAAUUGACCUGAGCUCACCUGGUUUAGCAGUGUUUGAGUUGGAACGGCUCUUGUUUACUGGCAAAGCCAUCAUCAGCCACGCAGAUGAAGUGUGGCCAAGGCUUUACAUUGGUGACCAGCACAGUGCAGAGAACCGGGCUGAUCUAUCCAUGCAUCGAGUCACUCACAUCCUAAAUGCAGCUCACAGUAAUCGCAGAGGCCAGCCAGACAUCUAUGGGAGCAUGAAGAUCACCUACAUGGGUGUUGAGGCCCAUGACUCUGUUAACUUUGACUUGAGCGUCAAUUUUCAGACAGCAGCAGAUUUCAUUCACAUGGCUCUGAGCAGAGGAGGCAAAGUGUUGGUGCAUUGUCAUGUUGGAGUGAGUCGCUCUGCCACCCUGGUCCUGGCUUACCUGAUGCUGAAGCAGAACCUGACCCUUGUAGAGGCUAUUUGUGCUGUAAAAGAGAACCGGGGGGUUAUCCCUAAUCGUGGCUUUCUCCGGCAGCUCAUCAAACUAGACGGCCAGCUCUUUGGCCCGCACUGA